UCCCUAUACUUGGAAUAGAAUGGCAAAAAAUGGAAAAUCCUGAUCUCCGCAAGGCAAUGGGAAUGAAAGCUAACCAAAAGGGUGUUCGGGUACGAAGGGUCGAGCCGACUGCUCCUGAAACUGGAUGCCUCCAACCUUCUGAUAUCGUCCUUAGCUUUGAUGGUAUUGACAUUGCCAAUGAUGGUACAGUUCCUUUCAGGCGUGGUGAGCGCAUUGGAUUCAGCUACCUUGUUUCUCAAAAGUAUACAGGUGAGAAGGCACGUGUGAAAGUACUUCCCAACUCAAAUGUCCAUGAAUUUAACAUAAAACUGGCAAUCAACAAAAGACUCAUUCCAGCUCAUAUCAAGGGAAGGCCACCGUCAUAUUACAUUGUUGCUGGCUUUGUUUUUAUGGUUGUGUCUGUUCCAUAUCUUCGGUCUGAGUAUGGAAAAGACUACGAAUAUGAUGCCCCGGUCAAGCUGUUGGACAAGCAUUUGCAUGCAAUGGCGCAAUCAUCUGAUGAGCAGCUUGUGGUGGUGUCACAGGUGCUUGUGGCAGAUAUAAACAUUGGUUAUGAAGAUAUAGUCAACAUUCAGGUUCUUGCCUUCAAUGGCACACCAGUUACAAACUUGAAGCACCUAGCGACCAUGGUAGAAGAGUGCAACGAGGCAUUCUUGAAGUUUGAUCUGGACCACGAUCAGGUGGUUGUCCUGGAGACGAAAACUGCAAAGGCUGCCACUCAAGAUAUUGUGACAACACAUUGUAUACCUUCGGCUGUCUCAGAAGACCUGAGGAGCUGA